GCAAUGUAAUGCUUUCUAGAAGGGAAAUCAAGUUUGUUAUGAACUAGUGUCAGACCCUAUUUUAGGACAGCGUCUUGUAGAGGUUGGUUAUGCUGAAUCCUUAUGCAAGUUGUCAUACUUUCUUCUUCCUUCCUCUUUUCUCUCUAUUAAUGGAGGCACUCACCCUCUAGCAAUUUCCAUCUCAUCAUAGUCCGUAAGUCCUCACAGAAAUUAUAGUAAAAAUCUUAAAAGAGUGUUACGUUCUUCCCCACUUCUCCAACCGAGUCGUUCAUAUCCCCAGAACAAAAUGAGGUACGUGGAGAUUGGAAGACUGGCGCUUGUGAACUACGGGAAGGAGUAUGGAAGACUUUUUGUGAUUGUGGAUGUUAUCGACCAAAAUAAGGCUCUUGUUGAUGCCCCUGAUAUGGUGAGGAGCCAAAUGAACUUAAAAAGGCUUUCUCUGACUGAUAUUAAGAUUGACAUCAAGAGGGUUCCAAAGAAGAGGGCUUUAAUUGAGGCCAUGGAGACUGCCGAGGGGUGGAAUUAUCAGGCAGGAGCUUGCAAAACUCAGAAAGGAGAAUGACAUCUUCUCAAAUCCCAAUCAUUAAUCUUAAGAGACCAUCUAUACAUCUGAACAGAAGCAUUUCUUCUAAUUGUCUUAAGCUAUUUGGCAUGGUGAGUGUGGUAUUUUGACGAAUACUUUUAAAGAGAACAAAAAAUAAGAUUGAACACCACUAAUCUCAAAAAGGUUUAAAGGAAAAUCAUUUAAAUGUAACAGUGGAGCAAACUUCAGACGGUAAUGCAAAUUCUCAGCAUUUUAUUUUAUUGUUCAAAUAAAAGAACAUCUUAUUUAUAUUUUA